AUGCAGAGACUGACACCAGAAUCACAAGAAAGUACACCAUCAACAUCUAACCACGAUGAUCUUCAACAACCAGAACCUGUAACUGGUCAUAGAGUAGCGAAGUUCCUUAACAAAAUGAGUGGUCAACCAGCUUCAUACGUAAACAAGACGAAUUAUAUAUUUGGUAAGACUUUGGGUGCUGGUACAUUUGGGGUUGUUAGACAAGCAAGGAAGUUGACAACAGGCGAGGAUGUUGCUGUUAAGAUUCUCUUAAAGAAAGCUUUGAAAGGUAAUAACGUUCAAUUACAAAUGUUAUAUGAUGAAUUGGCUAUCUUACAGAAACUACAUCAUCCAAAUAUUGUUGCGUUCAAAGAUUGGUUUGAAUCCAAAGACAAAUUUUAUAUUGUCACACAAUUAGCCACUGGAGGCGAAUUGUUUGAUCGAAUUAUUAAAAAAGGGAAAUUCUCUGAAGUAGACGCGGUAUCAAUUAUGGUUCAAUUGAUAAGCGCUGUGAGCUAUAUUCAUUCUCAAAAUAUUGUUCACAGAGAUUUAAAACCAGAAAAUGUAUUGUACCUUGAUAACAGUGAUAAUUCUCAGUUAGUUAUCGCUGAUUUUGGGAUCGCCAAGGAACUGAAAUCGAAUGAUGAUCUGAUCUUUAAAGGUGCAGGUUCAUUGGGUUAUGUAGCACCAGAAGUUUUAACUCGAGAAGGUCAUGGGAAACCAUGUGACAUUUGGUCCUUAGGUGUUAUUACAUAUACAUUAUUAUCAGGUUAUUCUGCCUUUAUUGCUGAAAGUGUAGAAGGUUUCUUAGAGGAAUGUACAAGAAGUACAUAUCCUGUUAAGUUCCACAGUCCAUAUUGGGAUAACAUUUCGCAAGAGGCAAAAGACUUCAUCUUGAGAGCGUUGACUAUAGACCCUAAUGAUAGACCAACAGCCGAAGAACUAUUACAAGAUCCAUGGAUCACUAAUAAGAAUAUUAGUACAACUGAUAUUUUACCUGAUGUUAAGAAAGGUUUCACAUUACGUAAGAAGUUGCGUGACGUUAUUGAGAUUGUCAAAUUGAACAACAGAAUUAAGAAAUUGAGAGCACUAUAUGGCGAAGGAGAAGAAGAGGAAGACAAGGAUUUGGUGGAGAACCAGAUUUCGCCAAUUGCCCAAUUGCAGAGCUCCUUACGUGCUCUGUCAUUACAGCCUAAGAAUCAACAAAUAGGGGAAUUGUCACCAGAACAGAAGCAGUUAAAAUCGGCGUUGACACAGAAUACAUUUGCCCAAAUUGUUCAAGCGGCUAAGCAACGUAAACAGAAAGGAGCGGAAAUUCCUACUCAGCAAGAUUAA